UACGUGCGCGACACGGCAACCGCCUUAUAAGCCGGUUGAUGUCCCUUCUCCUCCAGUCCCAAAGAUUUUUGCAUUCGCCAACGAGCCCAGGAGACCGAGACGAUAAGAUAUUGCAAACUAGACUCUGAUAACAGGCAAGAUGACGAGGGUUGUGGUUAACCGGAUGGUUGUGGUGGCGGUCGUCGUCAUGGUCGUCGUUUCCGUGGUCGUCCCCGUGGUCCACUGCAAGGGUGCCAAAGCUGGCAAGGCCGGUAAGGCCGGUAAGCCCGGCAAGGGACCAGGCGGCGCUUCUUUCGGAACACCUCCUCCUCCCAGCGAGGACUGCGACGGCGUUGAAGCGGCCGCCGGCGGCGGAGCCUCGCUCGUGGCCGACCCGAACGACUGCACCAAGUACUCCGUAUGCACGGGAAUGUUCAGCCUGAAGCUCACCUGUCCUCCCGGACAGCACUUCAGCGUGGCCGACAACAGGUGCACAGCACCGGAACAGGCUGCAUGCGACCCCGCUUUUACAGCUGCACCGGCUGCCGCUGCUGAGGCCGAAGCUUCUGAAGCAGCCGUGAAUGUCGAGGCUGAGCCAGAAGCCGCACCUGCCGAGGUCGCCGAGGCUGUCGAUGUCACCGUAGUCACCGAUGACGCUGAAGCAGUCGCCCAGCAGGUCGCUGUCGCAGCUUAACUCCGGAGCGCUUUGCACUCCUCGCGGACGUUGACGCACGUCGACGCGCGAAGCCUGGUUAUUGACCACUUCAUCGAAAGGAAGCGUGCCUAUUCCUUAGAGUCUGGUUUGAUUAGGUUGUUUCGAACCCUCAAAGGAGCUUGCAAUUGUCAAAUAAAAAGGACAUGUUUCGCACGUUA